AUGGGGGAAGAGGAAGAUAGAAUGGCACCCAGGCCUUCAACGUCGACUUCACAGCCAUUUUACACGCAACAAAAUGAAUUUGGAAGUCCAAACUUAGACCAUCACACUCACCAUAUGCCCUACCCUUUGGCGAGCAAUCUGGAGGAUUUUAUUAGAGUUGAAGAUUCAUUACCGAUGCCCACUUAUACUCACUACCCGUCCUCGAGUAAUCCGGAUGACUUGAGGCAAGAAACGCCCACCGCGUCAAUUACACCAAAUGGUGAUGAAUUUGAAGAAAAUGUUGGAAGUUGUCAUGAUGCUGAUGAAAUGUUCUUUGACAUAAAUGAAGAUUUGGAGGGUACGACUGUUGUCCCGGAUGAUGAGGUACAAGUUGAACCACCAAGAUCCGGGUUGGAGUUUGACAGUGAGAAAGAGAUUGUGGCGUACUAUAAGCAGUAUGCCAAGCAAGAGGGUUUCGGUGUAAGGACACAGAGGACUAAAAGAGAUGAUGAUGGGAAGCCUGUGUAUCUGACCAUUGGUUGUGCCCGUGGUGGAAAGUACCAUCCAAAGCCAAACAGUAAUAUGUCGAAGCCACGGGCAACCACUAAAACGGGUUGUAAGGCCAAGGUAAAUGCAGCGCUGAACAAAAAUGGGAAAUGGGUAUUCACCACUACUGAGAAUUCUCACAACCAUAUUACCGUGAGCCCCAAGAAAAGUAGACUAUUGCGAUCUCACAAGCACCUAGAUCAGUAUAGUCAAAGGAUCUUGGAGUUGAAUGAUAGAGCCGGUAUAAGAAUGAAUAAGAACUUUUAUUCUCUUGUUGUUGACGCAGGGGGUUAUGAGAAUCUAGCUUUUCAAGAGAAAGAUUGUAGGAAUUACAUUGACAAAGCUAGAUAUCUAAGGUUGGGCAAAGGAGGUAGUGAUGCACUUAAUGAGUAUUUCAAGAGAAUGAGAGAUCAAAAUGAUGGCUUCGUUUCUAAUAUGGACGUGGAUGAUGAGGGAAGGCUACGGAAUGUGUUUUGGGCUGAUGCACGUAGUCGAGCCGCCUAUGAGUAUUUUGGAGACGUUGUAUCAUUCGAUACAACGUACCUAACAAAUAGGUACGGUAUGCCUUUUGCUCCAUUCGUUGGUGUUAACCAUCAUGGGCAGUCCAUACUAUUUGGGGCGGGAUUGCUAUCAAGCGAGGACACACAUAGUUUUGUUUGGUUGUUCCGGAUGUGGUUGGAUUGCAUGAAGGGUAGGGCGCCGAGGUCUAUCAUAACCGACCAAGAUAGAGCAAUGAAGAAUGCGAUUGCUGUUGUAUUCCCUGAAACUCGCCAUAGAUAUUGUUUAUGGCAUAUCAUGCGCAAACUUCCAGAGAAGUUAGGCUCGCAUUCCAAAUUCAACCUUGGGUUGAAGACUGAUAUCCAGUCGGCAUUAUAUGAUUCACAGACCACCACAGAAUUUGAGGAGAGCUGGGGUCAACUACUUGAAAAGUACGAUCUACACGGCAACAAUUGGCUUCAGUCAUUAUAUGAGGAAAGGUCCUUUUGGGUUCCUGUUUUCCUGAAGAGUGUAUUUUGGGCAGGUAUGAGCACAACGCAACGGUCUGAAAGUAUGAAUGCAUUUUUUGAUGGGUAUGUCCAUGCUGGGACGACAUUGAAGGAAUUUGUCGACCAAUUCGAUAAUGCUCUUAGAAAGAAAGUGGAGGUCGAGACAACGGCCGAUUUCAAUUCACUUAACCAAACUAUCCCCUGCGUAUCCCCUUUCAACAUUGAGAAGCAGUUUCAAUCACUCUACACGAAUGCAAAGUUUAAGGAGGUCCAAAAAGAGUUUAUGGGCCUAAUGUGUUGUAAUUGUUGGUUGGUAAGCACACAGGGGUGCAUUUUAACAUUUGAUGUGUUGGAUGAAAUAUCAUUUGAUGAGCAAACCAAAAGAGUUCAUUACUCAGUUUACUAUAACGAAGAUGAGUGUGAGGUAAAAUGCACUUGUGGUUUGUUUGAGAUGAGAGGGAUUAUUUGUAGGCAUGCACUUAGAGUCUGUCAAUUGAAAAAUAUUAAUAUGCUGCCGAAGGAAUAUUUCCUAGAUCGAUGGAGAAAGGACUUAAAGAGGCAUUACACUUUGAUCAGAAGUAGUUAUGAUGAUGUGCGGGGUAGAUCAGACACGCGUAAUUACGAGCUUAUGAUCCAAAGAUGUUCGAAAGUAGCAGCCAAAAUAUCCUCGAACACUGACAAAGUCCAUGCUUUCCUGCACUAUGUUGAUGAGUUUGAUAAAACAUGUGAAGGUUCCACAUGUCAGUCGACUAUCCAAUCAACGAUGGCCAACCCAGCAGUGGCUUUGGAUAAGGGUAAAAAGAUUUUAAGCCCUAACGUCGUUAGAGGGAAGGGGAGACCUCCAAAUAAGAGGAAGGCUCCACCUGUGGAGAAGCUGGCAACAAAGCGGAAAAAACAGACUUGCAGGAAACUAUUGGUUGAUGAAAGUGCAGUGGGUGAGAGGCCAGGAUCUCAACCUUAAAAGUGAAUGAAUUUUUGAGAAGGGCUCAAGUUGUAUAAAAAGAUUUUGUGAGCUGUUGGAAGUUUUUUGUCAAAUCAGUGUUGGUGUAUAUGGGGACCGGAGCUUAUUAUGACUCCCAAAGAUGGAGGCUUGGAUAUAAUUUUGCAAAUAGUUUUGGUAGUGUUCCGACGGUCUUGUUGAAAUCAGAAAGAAAGUUGAGACAAGGUCCGCAUUGACAAAAAACCGAGUCUCAUCUCAUUGUUGGGUUGAGGAUUCAAUCGGAAUGCAUUAUAUUGGAGCCGGGCUGAUUUAAAGUACUGAAGCUAUGUUCAUGGAAGUUUGACAAGGAGCUUAUGAACUGCAGCAUACUCGCGUUUUAAUUGGUCGAUGGCAAUUGUAAAUUAUAGUAUAUAUUUCAUACAGUAAUAUGGAUGUGAAUGUAGCAUGGAUAUUGUACAGGUCACUACAAUUUCCAAUAUCCAUUACAAAGUAUGUAGCCAAAAUGCUGGAAGUUCAGUUUAUUUGGAAUACACGAACAAGUUUGAUGGCA